AUGUCUGAUUCGGAAGACAAAGAAUGGGAGGAGAAGACGCUGGUGCUCGAGAUCGGUGGAAUUAUGGACGUAAAUUCGGCCAGGCAAGCGUUGCUUCGAGGCGACUGUGCGAUACGACGGGCGAACACCGAGAACCCGAUGGUGCAGAUUGCUAAUUCGCUGUUCACAUCCGAAUGGAGCACAAUCGUUGGCAGCGAUAUCAUACUGAGACGUGACGAGAAGCAGCAGCAGCUGCGCUAUGUUGCAAGCUCGGAUGUGAGGCUCAAGGCCGAGAAAGCCCUGGUCACCGGCGCCGAUGAGAGCAGUAAAUCACAGUGA